CUAGAAACCACUUCCCCACUAAUGGGACCAUAGCUGGAUUAUCUGUACCUUUUGUAACAGUUUCAAUGCAUAGCACUAACUUUUGAGUUUGAAAAUUAAGGCGGGCACUUUAAGGCUGCGUCAAAAUUUGAAAUACAUCAUCCGUUCUUUUUAUAUUCUUCGUCCUCUGCGCUGCACUUUGCUGCAUCUGUCAAACCAUAAAUUCCAACACUUAUAAUCCUUCAAACCCUAGUCAAUGUUUGCUAAGCACCGAAAUGCAGCUCAAUCUGAACAUUUCUUAGAAAUUCUUGCAGAAGAAGUGGUUUCUGAAUUAUUUUCGGAAGACUGGCAUUCAUUUUGAUUCGAAGCAAUCAAGCGGCUUUGACACAUACGUGCGAGGGUUGUCGAAAUUUUACCCACAUUUCUGAAGUUCUUUGGUUAGUGAAAAAUGGAGAGGAUUUGCGUGGCGGUGCGGGUUCGACCUCCGACAAAAGAGGAACCAGUGAAAGGAAACUAUUGGAGGGUGGAAGACAACCAAAUUUCGCUUCAUAAUGCUCUAGGGACUCCAAUAUCUGGCUAUUCUUAUGCAUUCGAUCAUGUUUUCGGAUACGACUCAAAAAACAGAAGCAUUUACGGGGUUCACACAAAGGACCUCAUUGAGGCAGCCGUUAAUGGCUUUAAUGGCACUGUUUUCGCAUAUGGGCAAACAAGCAGCGGGAAGACCUACACCAUGCAAGGAUCCCCUGAGGAUCCUGGCAUUAUCCGCCUUGCUGUGUACAAUGUUUUUAAAAAUAUUGAGCUUAUAACUGAUCGGGAGUUUUUGAUUCGAGUUUCAUACAUGGAGAUUUACAAUGAAGAGAUCAAUGACUUACUUGCUCAUGAAAACCAAAAACUCCAAGUUCAUGAGAACUUAGAGCGUGGUAUAUUUGUUGCAGGUUUAAGAGAGGAAAUUGUAAAUAGCCCAGAUCAAGUAUUUGAGCUUGUUGAGCUAGGAGAAGUACAUAGACAUGUUGGGGAGACAAACAUGAAUGCUAGAAGUAGCAGGUCUCAUUCAAUUUUCAGGAUGGUCAUAGAAAGCAGAGUGAAGGAUGCUGAGAGAAAUGGGAGUUCAUAUGACAAGGACGCCGUCAGAGUUUCUGUUUUGAAUUUGGUAGAUUUGGCUGGUUCUGAGCGAGUUGCUAAGACUGGAGCAGGUGGAGUCCGUCUCAAAGAAGGAACUCACAUUAAUAAAAGUUUGAUGAGUCUUGGUACUGUAAUCAAUAAGCUUAGUGAAGGCGGUGGAAAACAAAGAGGACAUAUUCCCUAUCGUGACAGUAAGCUGACUCGCAUCCUACAGCCAGCUUUAGGUGGGAAUGCCAAGACUGCUAUAAUUUGUACUAUUGCACCUGAAGAGAUUCAUACAGAUGAAACACGUGGAACCCUUCAAUUUGCAAGCAGAGCUAAACGAGUCACAAAUUGUGCAAAAGUCAACGAGAUAAUGACAGAUGCUGCCUUGCUAAAACGCCAAAAGAAGGAGAUUGAAGAAUUGCGUAAAAAGCUGCAGGGAUCACAUUCUGGAGUCCUAGAACAGGAAAUUCUAAAACUACGCAAUGAUAUGCUCAAGUUUGAACUAGAAAGGGAAAAACUGGCUAUGGAACUUGAGGAGGAAAGAAAGGCACAAUUGGAACGUGAUCGUCGUAUCAUGGAGCAGCAGCAAAAGAUAGAAAACCUUAGUACCCUGGUUAUCAACUCGGAUCAAGAUAGGAACUCAUACAAGUUAAACAGCUGUGAUCAUAGUUUUCCUCCUCGACGGAGCCUGGAGAGUUUGAAUCAGGAAGGGAGAUCGACAAAGAACGGCUGCAGGGAAGGUUCACUGGGCCGUCGUGUUACUUUAAGAAAGGAGAAGUUUCAGACUCCUACUUUUGAGUCCGUAUUAGAUGGCUCUUCUGAGAAGCCACAUAGUUUUUCAAGACUUCCAGAUGGGAGUCCUCUUCCUUCUGAUUUUGGUAAUGUAGCAGAUGAAGAUAUGUGGAUGAAUAUGAAUAAAGGACAUGUGACAGCUGAGCUGGAUUUUUUUCAGUCCACUCCUAAUCGAAAUCAUUCUUCUGUGCCAAGCUACAUGUCUUCAGUUCAUGGCAUUGUUGAAGAAUACCAAGGAGAAAUUGAAAGCUUAAAGGAGCAGUUGGAGAAGGCCCUUCAAGAUAAACAAGAAGUUGAGAAAUGUCUUGAAAGUCAACUUAUGUUGAAUGAUGAACUAAAGAUGGUAGUCUCUGAUCUUGAAGAAAUUUCACGGAAGCUGGGUGAAGUUACACCGAAUUGCAAAGAAGAUCAAAAGGGAUCGUCAUCAUUUUUUCAGGCCCCUUUUCCUCAAGAAAAGUCUGUUAUUGGUGCAUGCGUAUCAGCUACAGAAGCAGAAGAUAAUGAUUUUUCAAGUUUGAAGGCAAAAUUUACGAAGUUCGUAAAUCUGUUUGAUUGGUAUAAAAAAGAGAAUUCUGAACUCCACCAACAAUGCCAGAUGCUUAAUAAACAAUUAAAUCAUGCUGUAGCAUCUCUAGUUCUAACCACUGACAGCUGUACUGAGAAGGAAAUCAGAAGUGUUCAGAAUAAGGAACAUGUGUAUGGCACAGAUUUUACAGGGCUCAAGGUUUCAAAAGAAUGUCACACAGCUACAUCCUUUUUGCAAUCAGCUGAUAGUAGUUCAAGAAUAUUGCCAGUACCUUUGAGUGGCAGGUUAAGACAGAUUUCCAGUAAAGUUUGCAAAAUGGAAAAUGACUUGGGUGGAAUUCCUUUCAUAAAUGUUGAUGCAUUAUGUUCACAUAUUGAGAAUACAUUUUGUCAUCUUCCAGCAGAUGAUUUGUCAGAUUCAAAGUCAGCUAUCAAUUUUAUUAUGCAAAUACAGUGCAAAGAAUCUGAUAAGCUAGAGGAUGGUAAUUUAUUUGUGGACGUGGAAGGGGAAAACAAUAAGAGAAAUCAAUGUGACGAGAAUGUUCAAAAUAAGGAAUGCUUGGAAUAUGACUCGAAAAUUAUUUGUGAUGAGGUCUACGAUAGGAAAUCAACAAACAUGUACUCUGGAAUCGCUAAUGUUAUCCUUCUUGCUAAAUGGCUUGUUGAAGAAUUCAAGAGUCUGGCACCUGAUCACAAUUGUUUUGUGUCUAACUGUAUGCAAAUGAAUCCAGCAACAGGCAAGCUCUUCAAAGGGUUGCAGAUCUGCCUGAAGGAGAUUGCUAAAGUUGCUUCUGAAAUUCAUCUGGCAGCCGUUGAAAAGGAACAUUGCAACAGUAAUUCUAACCUAGAUGUGGUAUGUCCUUCGACCGCUCAAAGUGGGGAAAAGGACCUUACCACCCACGGAGAUGUAGUCGACAUUGAAGGGAAUAUUUUCCAAUCAGAAGAGUCUAUGAAUUUAUGGGAAAGGCUAAAAAUGUCAGCAGAACAUGUUUCAUCUCUUGAUAAUAAGCUUGCUUUGUUGAAUAUAGAGAAGGAUGCGAUUUCAAAAGCUCUGGAGAAUGAACUUAGCAGGCAAGAGAAAAAACAGCUUGAUAAAAGAUUUAGCGAGUUACUUGUACACGAACUUAGCCAAUUGAGCGCAGCAAUGGCAGGAAGGGAUGCUGUGUUUGCAUCAAUUUGUUCUGGAAUCAGGGAGUUUGAGGACAACUUAGAGAAUAGAAGAUCAUUUAGUUUACUAUCAUAAUUCUGUUUGUUUGUUCAUCGUGCUUGAACAUAAGUUCAUGGUCGUUGGUAGUGCUACGACAGCACACAUUUCUAUCCGUUUGACGUAGUUGCUGACCCCUUUCAACAGGGGCUGGGACUGUCGGCACAUUCAUAUGAACUUUCUUUCAAAUUUCAUGGUACUGAAGACAGGUCCAGUACCAUCCAUUGAACCCACUGAUUUACAUUAUAUUCCUUGGUUGAUUGCAAGAAAACGCUGAGUGAAAGCAGUUAUUAUCAAAUUGAUGCUGACGGGAGUUGUAAUUUGAUAUCUGUAACAUAAAAUGAUUUGAUUGGGGUUGGAGUUCUGACAAAAAACAUUGUUGUGUGUAUUUAUAUUUUCCAGCCUAUUUGGUGGAAAAAUUGGAAGGUGCUUCCUUUCAGACCUUCACAUUUUGCAUUUUCUGAUGUUUGUGGAGACUAACAUAGUAGAAUCAAAAUAGCGUUAUAUAAAUUGGGACACGUGCUUUUAGCC